GCUUGUUCAACCUCAUCAAACUGCCCUCGCUCCCAAUUUCCUCUGGUCAUCUUCCUUUUCAGGAAAGCCACUUGCUCUCUCAGGCCGAAACUACUCUUAGACUCUUAGCCAGCCGACGUUUUUUCUCCGCCGCACAGGACCCAGUACCUUUGCUAAACGAACCGGUAACCCGCGCGCCUCUGUUCUCGCACUCCCCUUGUCCUCGUCAACGACGUUGUUUCCAUCUUUCUGGGCAGCACCCUAUUCCCCAGCGACCAGCCAUUUAUUCGCUGAAUCGGGCAGUCUGGCUCAAUUCUCCCACGUCUAUUCGCAAACACGAAUCACGAGAUACUAAAAGCAAUUGCGAUUGUGUGUUGACCAAUCCGCCUGCCGCCCUGCGCCGCCUCCAUUGCCCACGAUCUGUCAUUUAAUACCCUCUCGAAACCGCCACCACGUUGCCAGGCUUGCCAGACGCCAGGAACGGGCAGUCCGUGUCCGCCCGGCUUACAUUUCCUCUCCGAGGAGAACAAAGUCCCCGGCCAGAAGAGAACCCAGACCAGAAACGCGACGAAGCCGCUCCAGGAACUGGACUUCGCGCCCAGCCACUGCCACCUCAGUAUCCCACGUCCGAAGCCUCGACCUCCAGACCGCCGCCUUUCUCCUCUCUAUACGUCUCUCCCGCAACCGUCUGGGAUUGCGAAAAUAACCGCUGCCCAAGUUUUCCAAACGUCACUGGGCCUACAGCAUCUCUCGUUGCGCCAGCGUAUGCGUCUCUAGCCUUCGGUCUCUCAGCGGAUCAAUCGUCACCAUCCCCAAACCCGACCUUGUUCGAUCAGACUCUCAUCGAGACAAAGCGUGCGCUUCCUCGGGACACUAAAGGGAGUUCCUCUGUAAAGGUUGACGACGCCGAACCACCGCCCGCAUACUCUGAGGGACCUAGUCCACUCCAAUCCUUUACUUUUCUGAUGGCUACCGCCGGCGGCGCGUCGAGUAUCAUUACUCAAGUGCAACAAGGGGGGCCGCCCAUCAAUUCCAUAGGAGAUGUCGGCGCCGAUGAGACGAUUGCCAUGGACCUUCGGGGAACGAGAUUCGUGUUGUCGAGGGACGAACUCUUGACGCUGCCCGAAUUUGUACUUCUAUCUCUGUUUCCGAACGGGCUUUUUCCCGAGGGACACAUGGGUGGGUUCGCUGAGGGCGAUGCUGUCCAGGUAGACUAUGAUCCCGCAUCGUUGCAGUACAUGCUCGACUUUUUCCGAACCGUUGCGCAGUCGAUACCUGUAGACGUGUCUCCAAGUGUUUCGCAGGAGGAAGAGACCACGACUGGAGAUGCUAUGGGCCCAAGGGAUGACUCGUCAAAGAGGGCGGGCAUUAUCGUUUUGAGAGAGGACCUCGACUUCUAUGUCAUCCCCCCACGGGCUGACAUUACACAGUCCGAGAUGAUGGAAGUCAAGAGAGCCGCGGGCAAGGCCCUUCUCCAGCAGAAUGGCAUCUUUUCGGGUCUGAAGCGGAGCGAUGAGCCAGGCACUACGGAAGCUCACCUCAUCGAGAUGUUGACAGCGGGUGGAUUUCACCACGACGACAGCUGGGGUCAUCGGGCAGGCGAACCGAAUAAAGCAGUCGUCUGCAGUUUAGCCUUGGCACGUCUACGCAGCGAUAUUCGAGGUAACGAAAUGAGUAGCAACGCUGUCGGCAUGGCGCAGAAGCUGCUCCUUUUCUGGCGUAAGCCUGCGAGGCGUUGCUGGUGGGAAGGCGUCGAGCUUGAAAACGUCGAGGGAGUCCAGGGCAAGCUCAAGGUCUGGAUCAGACGCGUUUGGACCCUGGAAAUGAGCGUCAUUGGCCUCCGAUGAGCUCGGCUGGCUUGAACAUGGGUCAUCUUUUGAUGCCAAGAGGGUGGUGGAACCGGCGUCAUGGUAUAGCGCUAGAUGUCUUUGCGGCCACAUUUUGUUUGGUUUCUUUCGUCUAAUCUGUGUACCCAGUCGAGCACGCAUAGACAAGACGCUUAUUGGACUUUGUCGAUCCUGUGUAUCGGUAUCAAUCAUUUCUAUGGCGGAACAUGUCAAGCCUGGAGUGCAUAAACACCCUAAACCAGAAUCAGCCACGGCAAGUCCAGUGGGUAUGUUCGUGCAU